ACAAACAACAAUGUCGUUACAAAGGUUGAUUCUAUGAAACGUCAAAACAACUACGAACUUUUUGUGGAAGUUACCCAACUACGUGACGUGAAAGUGUUCAAACGGUGCUGAGUUUAUUCAUUUCUCAUGACGUUUUAUUAUGUGAUAUCACAUCGAAUAUGAAAAAUAUAGUAGGCAAAGUAGUUGUCCUGGGUUCGCAAGGUGUCGGAAAGACGAGUAUUGUGAGAAGAUAUAUCGAGAAUGCUGUAAAUCGUCCUAUCAAUCCAACUGUAGGAGCUUCCUUUUUUACCUGCAAAUUAAAUAUAGCUGAUACCGAAGUUAAAUUGCAGGUGUGGGACACAGCAGGAGAAGAAAGAUUCAAGUCAAUGGCGCCAAUGUAUUAUCGUAAUGCGAACGCCGCCAUGUUGGUAUUCGAUGUGACCCGAUACAAUAGUUUCACGGCUAUUAAAAAUUGGGUUACGGAAUUGAAAAGAAACGUCGAGGAACAAAUGGUAUUAACUGUGAUCGGUAAUAAAUCGGAUCUUUUCAAUGAUCGAGAAGUCGAUAGCGAAGAAGGUAGAUUUUAUGCGACUAAAAUCGGUGCAACUUAUCACGAAACUUCGGUACUACAUAACGACGGCAUUGAAAAUGUUUUUUUGGCGAUAGCCAAAGGAUUGAUAGAUUUGUCUUCUGGUAAUACGCAAAUAAUAUCUUCGUUAAGGAUCUCGGAUUCGAAUAGUUUUGGAUUUAAUAAUUCUGGCAUGUUAUUGUCACCUGCCGAAGAAACCGCACAGAAUCCUAACAUCGCACUUGGAAUAAACGAAAAGAUUCGUACUUGUUGUUGAUCCCACUGAUUGAACGAUCGACGUUGUUGUUCUUUUUUUUUUUGUCCCUUUUUUUAUUUAUUUUUUUUUAUUUUAUACAUUUUUUUUUCUUUCUUUUUAAUUCGUCUUUUAAAAAGUAUACCCUGUUGUCAACGCAACAAUGUCUUAAGAAUUUAGGAAACAACGUGCGUGCGUGUAGGUGUGUGUGUGUGUGUGUGUGUGUACGUGUACGUGUACGUGUGCGUGUGCGUGUGUGUGAAUCCUCAUCGUCUUCCAUGAGAUAACAUAUCCUUUAUUUAAUCUUUAAUUAUUUUAUAAAUAAUUCUCUUUAUAAAUAAGUCGUUUGUAUCGUUCUAAAAGAGUCAUACAAUCUAUUUUAAUUAUGAGUGAAAAUGAUCGUCAAC